AUGGCAAGAACGAAGGCAACGUUGAGAAAAGCUGAACAGGCGAAAAAACGAAGCAAAGAGGAGCAGCCGACGACAUCAGCUCAACCACGACACUCAACAAGAAUUCGAAAACCAACCGUCAUCCAUGUUGCUCCAGACUUUGUCAGAAAAGGAACAUCAAAAAAACGGACCAAAGGAAUUCGACGCAAAGGAAAAGCGGAGGUGGUGGUGAUCGAGAAGAAAGGGAAAACCGUCAAAACAAAAACGAUAAAAGGACGUCAGGAAAUUAAAUUACAGAAGAAGAAAGCUCCAUCAUCAUCGAAAAAGGGGAAUGAUCGUCUCACUCCUCGACAAGGAAUUAAACAGUACAAGGAAAAUCCGUUUUUCGCCUCAACAAAGUCACCCGAAUAUGUCAGUUUCAUCACCAAUACUCGACUACUUAUGCGAGCAAUUAAUAGGGGAGAUAUGAAGGAGAUGAGAAGAAUCAUGAGAUCAGAUAACAGGAAUAUUGACCCUGCUGGGUGCAGAUACAAAUUCUCCCAUGCCGAUCAACGAUGGCCUGAUUUGGUGGCUAUGUUAUGCAAGAAUGACGCGGUUCGACAAGAGUACUUCAAACUCAGAUCUCAGUUAUCAGCAAAGGAGAGUCCUCGAAAAGAGCCGAAUCUUCUCCAGAGGAAGACCACUGGUCGAUCAAAUUUCUACAUGUUAGGUCGCGCCACUAGAGCAGUGGAAAUGGCUCGAGGCGGUCGAGAAGGGAAUAACGCAUUUCUAAAAUUUGAAGCUGGUGCCGAUCAAAGCUUUUCUGGAGCAGAACAUCUUGUAGAAAAUGGAUUCAGCUACAAAGAAAUUGUGAAACUGUCGCAAGAACCGAAUAUCACACCUACUGUAAAUGUAAACAUGAUGGGUGGUAUGGUAGUGGUGGCAGCUCGGCUGGGUCUUCGAGAAUUGGCCAGCGCUUUUGCGGAAGGAGUGGCAAAGUCAAACUUUAAUGAUCUACACAGAGAAACACUAAAGAGCACUGGAUCUUUACCUGACCGGAUACUACCGGUGUCUGUUCUCAAAAAAGGCUAUGACAACGCAAACAUUACCCCGCUACACACCGCUGCCAUCAAUCCAAAUGUUAAGAUUCUUGAACGCCUACGCACAAUCGAACCGAACAUAAAUAUCCCGGACAGCAACAACUGGUACACCAUCCAUUAUGCAGCGGUUUGUGAAGGAACGGAACCACUGAAGCUUUUGUUGAAGAACGGCGCUUCGCCCGCUUCUCUCACGAAACAGCACGAAACGCCUCUUCACGUGGCUGCACGUGCUGGACGGAAGGAGAACGUAAAGAUUCUUCUUGAAGCGUUAGUUAAACUUGAAGUUAUCGACGGCGAUGCGCCGAGUAUAAAACCAGAAAAAUCGCUGAUUAACGCUCGAACAAGACGUGGUGAUACAGCACUCUGUAUAGCAGUAAGAAGUCAAAAGUUGGAAGCUGUGAAAGUGCUUGUUGCACAUAAAAAUGUUCUCGUUGAUCAUCCAACUACGACGACACACAAUAAAAUGACUCCAUUAAUGAUUGCAUGCAGUAUCGGGAACUUGGCGAUCGCUGAAUGUUUGAUCGAAAACGGUGCAAUCAUUAUGGCUAGGGAUCACAAGAAACGUACCGCUCUUUCCUAUGCUUGUAUAAACGGACAAGAACAUUGUGCAGCGUUGCUCCUGGCGAAAGGAGCUGAUUUUCUUAAGGGCGACUCGUCCGGUAACACACCAGCACAUUACGCAGCUGCUUACGGAUGGUUGGAAUGUUUGAAAUUGUUGGCCGGUGUGGAUACAAGUUGUUUGAAGCAGGAAAAUGACUGGAAACUUACACCGCUUUCUAUCGCAUACCUUAAAGGUCAUUAUGGAAUUGUUCGAUGGUUAUUGGAGGAAAAAUCCGAAUACGUCGAUAUUAAUGGUAAAGAUAUGGAAGGUGUUACGUUGCUGUCGUCACUGCUACGAUACGCUGACGAGAGUACACAUAGCGAACUGGCUGAACAAAUACAGUACUUAGUGUCACGAGGUGCUGAUUGUUCUGUGGCGGACAGUAUGGGGAAUGCUAUUAUGCAUGUUUUUGCUGGGAUAAAUAUUCGAAUACGCGAUGCCGCAGACAAUGCGCAUGAAGGAAUGACAGAGAAGGAUUAUCGAACUUGCUUCGAGGAAAUAAUGAAGCAUGGAGGAGCUGUUGAGGUCAAAAAUGACACAGGUGAAACUCCUUUACAUAUUGCUCUGGAAUCCGCAAAUUUACUUCUAUUCAAAUGGAUGCUCGAACAUGUUGGGGACAUUAGAAAAACGCUGUCAUGUCAGUGGUCUCCUGACGCGAACCUCCUCCAUGUUCUUCUUGGGCUUCCGAUGAAGGUUUGGUCAACGAAUCGGCUUUGGCGUGAACAAUCACCACCACCGCUACAACUUUACGAUGUUUCAUCGAUUAUAAAUGAUAUUUUAUUGAAACACUGCAACGGUGAGCUGGACUCAUGGUUUUGUCAGGCGAACGCGAACGGUCUGCAACCGGUCCUUCAUGCCGCUCAGUCGUAUGCCCAUCUAAGUAAACCGUUCAAUUGUCAACCCGGUGACGUCCAGGUAUUCAUCGACUACGUGGUGAAUCUUCUUGUGUGGGCAUGUCAGCUAUGUCCUGAUUCCCUUACAAUGAUCUCAUUACCAAAGAAAAGCUCCACUGGCUCCCCAGAACCUUAUCGUGCUACCAGUUUGAUCUACUUAACCUUGCGGAAUUCAUUGGAAAAUGGUAGUUUACAAUUACUACGACAAAUAAUGCAACUUGCCGUUGAUGAGAAGAAAUUGAGGGAUGUACUAAAUCUGGAGGAUCCAGACGGUUACGGACUCGUGAUAUCAGCACUAAAAGCGAACCCAGCUGCUGCAUGUCUGAUACUUCGAACGGCAAAAGAUCAUAACUGUACAGACGGUGUUCAUAACUUUGUCCUCGCUCAUGAGCCUAAGCUUAGGAAUGAGGAAAAAAAACUUCUCAACAAAUCGCUGGCAAUGUUUAUCGUAGAAAUGAAAAGGUUCGAGAUGAUGAAUGAAUUGCAGCUUUCACAAAAGGAAUGGGCACAUUGUGAUGCAAACGGCGACAAUUUGUGGCAUUACGUUGCCAGAACUCAAGAUCUUCGAGCUAUCGAACUGUUUCGUUUUCUCGAAUCUAAAGGAGUUCCGAUUAAGCCGAACAAGCAGGAUUCCACUCCUCUUCAUGAGGCUGUUCAAACAUGUGAUUGUUCGGCGAAUUCGGUGCUGGAGCCAAUCGAAUGGUUGGCGUCGAACAGUGCUCAUGUGGCACGUGAUACGUUCGGACGAACACCGCUUCAUUAUGCAUUCGCUUCUCGUGAACAGUUACUCAAAGGAGCUUUUGCUGACGCGCUUCGUGAUCCGAUAGCUGUUGUCUCGAUCCUUGCCAGGAACAUGACCAAGCAACAGCUUGAUCUGGCUGACUGCGAUGGAAAUACGGUACUUCACCUCGCAGCUUUCAAGAACGCGAAUAUUUGUGCUGUGACACUCAUUAGGAAAGGAGCAAGUGUGACGAUAAAGAACAAGGAUGGAAACACACCCUUAGCAGUGGCAGUUCUUCACGGAAGACAGGCCGUUGCGCUCACACUGAUUCAAGCAGAAAGCAAUGUGACGGAACAGGUAUUCCCACCAAAAUCAGCUCAGCUUGAGGUUGAAUUGUGGAAGUGGGCAGGAGCGAAAGAGCAGAAGGAUGAAGUUAAAGUGUCUACCAUUCCCGCACAAAUCAUUGCGAAAGGCGGUGGAUGGGAAGCUAUGGUUUAUGUGCUUAUGGAUGCGCUUGGAACGAAUCUUACAUCAUUGGUACAAAUGAUUGAUGCAUCACUGAAAGAAUGUCAAUACAACUUGGCGAAUCAACUCACAAAAUCACUGCAAGCAAGGCUGCUGGGCAAAAAAUUACCGAAGAGCGAAUACGAUCUUUUGUUGACGUUUGCUCAACAUUUUCGAGGUGAUCUUGCUGAGGAUGGUGUGGAGUAUGCCGUGCUGAGUCGACUCUACGCCCUAGGCAGCGAAGUGAUAACGGACGGCGUUAGUCGGCCGCUGGAGGCAGUUGUUCUCAACGGAAAAUGGCCACUAUACCUACAUUUUAAGGCUCGAGCCGGAAAAGCGUGGACGGGUCUGCGACCAUCACAACCCACAAUGGGCCCGCUUCGGAAUGCUGUACUCCGUGCCUCUAAAGGGAGGGAUGAUUUCGCUGAUGGGGUAAUACGAGAGCUUGCUGCUUUACCGCAUUUCAGUAUCAACGAGCCUCUUUCUCUUCCGUUGCCUCCGGAACUCAAAGAAGCAUCGCUGGGACUUCUAUCUCCAAUCGCAUGGGCUUGCACGCUUGAAGAACCGCAUCUCACGCUUCAACUGAGAGCAGCUGGUGCUGAUGUGAACGCAACUGAUCCGGAAGGUCGAACACCGCUAAUGAUAGCUGUCCUGGCAAAUAGGCUGGAAGCAGUUCAAGCUCUAUGCGGUGAUGGAUCUCUACAAACGAAAGAAGCGGCUCCAAAAAAGACUGCGAAGCAGAAUUCCACACGAUUAGUGUUCAGUUCCCUGUUGGGCAAGGGAAGAAAAAGAAAAGCCUCCGAGAGUGAAAACGAUGAACGUGCGGAGAGUGAGGAUGGGUCGGAAGGUGGCGCUGAAAGUAAUCGUUCUGUUGGCGACGCGGACGCAGAUGAAGAACAGGACGGUAAUGAACAAGAGAGACGUACACCACCACCGAAGAAGACAAAAAUCUACAAUAAGAAGUUGGACCUUAUGGCAUCGGACAAGAAAGGAAAAAAUAUACUUCAUUACAUGGUCGAGCCAAUUCAAUGGGAGAACACGGAUCUCUUGGGUCAACUUCACAAGGAAGCACCAGCAAAAAUUAAGCAGUUGUUACAAGAGAAGAACAAGGACGGAAAUACACCACUGGAUAUUGCUAUGAAGACGAAACAACGGAAAUUUGCCGCUGCUAUACGAUCAAUCCUUGGUUCAGCAGCGAAAAAAGCAAAAAUUUCCAAUGGGAUUGGAUCGGAUCUUCCCGAUGUUUCCGAUCUCGCCUGCAGGUAUAACGUUAAUGAGGACUCUAAAAUGUUUAUCGAACAAUGGCAAGUCGAAAACGAGAUGGAUAGUGAGCCUGAAACACCGAAACCAUCAAGUUUGAGUGGUUAUAGUGAAACAGCUGAGCUGGUUCGGUGUCCGGUUACUAAUCAAUUCAUGGCGGGUGUGCUCAACAAAACCGAUCUCAACUAUGGUCGUUACGGUUUCCAUAACUUCUAUCGUAUUGAGCUUAUGAAGCGACGCGAUACAGAUCUAUGGAUUUUGUUCACGAAUUGGGGUCGAAUAGGACAAGGUGUUGGAGAAUAUCAAACAACACCAUUCAGCAAUAUGGAUACAGCUAUGAAAGAAUUCAAGACAGUUUGGCGAUCGAAAACCGGUCAAGAUUGGGGACCAUUGGAUAAAUUUCAAAUGUUGCCUAAAAAAUACAGACUUGUCGAGACAACGAAAAGGAUAAGUAAUAUGUCUGAAAUUACUAUUUCUUGUAAAGAACGUAAAGAAGAGGAUAUGAUAAGGAGGACUAUUCAAGACAUAAGCAAUCCAGAAAAAUUGAAAGAUUACGCUAAACAGAUAUGUUGGAACAUUAAAUGUCCAUUCGGUCAUGUCACUGAAGCUGCUAUUGAACGAGCACGUGCAGUACUCGAUCAAUGCGAGCAAAAUGUUCAGGAUCUCGAAAAAACACUUCAAAAAGAAGGUCAUACCGAUAUGGACGUAUUGAAAAUAUUUGAAAAGAGUCGAGAACUUUCUGGAGAGUUCUACCAGAAUCUCCCCGUCGGCGACUUCGAAUACGGUGCAGUAACAGUAUUUGACAAUAUCGAAGAAAUCAAUAGAACUCGUGGUGCCUUGAACCAGUUGACGGAGGUCGAAGUCGCCACCCGGCUCCUUACCGCGUCGGCUCACCGUGCUGACAUCGACCGUAUAAGCUACAUUAGCGCUGCGCUAGAAUGUCGUUUCACAGAAAUGUCACCGUCAGAUAAUAUGAGUCAGAAGAUUUUACGAUACAUACAUUCGACAGGUGGAGCUGGCGAAAAAAUUAAGGGCAUUCUAGAAGUGUCUCCAAGGAAAGCGACUUUAAAUUUCGAAAAAUUCGUCGAUGACGAGAAUCAACGGUUCCUGUGGCAUGGAACGAAGGCAGUAAACCUACUGAGCAUACUAAAAGAUGGAUUUCUUGUUGAUCCACGAAAUACGUCGAUCACUGGAAGAUUAUUCGGAGAUGGUGUUUACCUUGCCGAUGCAUUUGAGAAAAGUACGCAUUAUUGUCAAACAUCGGCUAAAAACUACAGAUAUAUGAUUCUGUGUCGGGUGGCACUUGGCAAAAACUACGUCUUGAAAUCAUGGGAUUAUUCGUACAACGACCAGAUGCCGGCCGGUUAUGAUUCGCUGCAAGUAAUUGGUCAGAAGUAUCCGAAGACGUCGAUCACCAUAAACGGUGUUGCGAUGCCGUUAUGCGACUUCGGCGAUCAUUCAUCAAAUCGCUAUUCAGCGCUGGAAUUCUCCGAAUAUAUCGUUAGGGAUAGCGCUCGUGUCCUACCACAGUAUCUCGUGAUUUUCCAAUAA